CGUGACGUCUGCAAUUUCCUAUCAAAUGACAUGAACCUGUGUACAUGCAUUUGUGUUGAACGCGGAGAAAAGUGGGCUGGACAAUCGAUUUUGCAUACAGAAUGACCGCGUGGUCUUGGGGUGCCAACUCCUAUGGUCAGCUGGCAGAGGGCCACAAAGAUGACCAGCUGACACCUCAGCCUCUGUCUGACUUUCCCAGCAAGGUCUUCUGUAUGGCAUGUGGGGGUGGGCACACACUGCUGGUCACAGAUGAAGGAAAUGCAUUUGCAUGUGGUUCAAACAGCAAAGGUCAACUAGGUGCAGGUGACCUUGAGGACAGGGUGACCUUGACCCAGAUAUCAGCCCUGAAGGUCAAGGUCACUGCAGUAGCAGGAGGAUGGGACUUCAGUCUAGGUGUUGGCGACUCUGGUGAAUUAUACAGCUGGGGUUCCAACGCCUUUGGACAACUUGGCGAUCCCAGCCUCCCUUCAAAGUCCACUGUGCCAAGUUGUGUGGCCCUACCAGAGAGGCUGGUACAAGUGGCUGCUGGAUUAAGGCAUUCUGUUGCCCUUGCUGAAUCUGGCAAUGUGUUCUGCUGGGGUCAUGCCAAGAGGGGCCAGUGUGGUCAACAAGGACAUGGCCAGCUGAAAUACACAUCACCUGUGAAAGCCCAUUUCUGUAUUUCAGUGACCUUACCAGAUGGUGUGGGAAGAGUUGUCCAGAUUGUAGCUGGCUCAUACCAUACUGCAGCGCUUACUGACAAAGGUGUGGUGCUGUUCUGGGGUUGUAAUAAGCAUGGCCAGGCUGCUGAAGACACUACACAAGUGCACAAAGUUGACUCCCCAAUUGUUCUGGACCAGUCCAUGUUUAAGGAUGAGAAGGUCAAGACCAUUAGUUCUGGAUGGACCCAUUUCCUAGCUCAGACAGAGAACGGCUCAGUUUACAGUUGGGGAAGGGGCGACUAUGGUCAGCUUGGAAGGGCAAGGCCUCCUGAAAAUCAAGGUCACAGCCACAUUCCCGGCAAGGUCGAACUACCAGAAACAGUCGUAAGGUUUCAGUGUGGUUCAGAGAAUGCACUCUUUGUUACAGAGUCGGGCCAGGUGUUCUCCGUGGGUUGGAACGAGCAUGGACUUUGUGGGACAGGGGAUGAAGUGAACGUGGAGAGGCCAACACCCAUCCACUACCUUCCCCAGGACGCAGACAUGUACAUUGCCUGUGGGGGUGGACACUGCUUUGCUGUGAGCAGGAAAACAGACAAAGGAUGAAAAUAUUUUGUUUGUGAAGGCUGCCAAGUGAUUCAAAAUCCUUGACCUUGAUUCCUGUCCUGCCACUUGACUUAAGUCUGGGGAUAGACAAUGCUUUGCUGUGAUAAUACUGGUCAAAUCAUGAAAUCAUUGAUAACCAGUCAAUAACAAUGACAACCAUUUAUUCACUACUGGCCAUUGCAGUAUACACAUUAUAAUAUAAUGCCGUCAAAUGGGCAGGCACUCUGGAGUUUUGGCCCAUGAAUUGUCUGAAAUUGUUUCUCUAUACUGAUGGCAUUGUUGUUCAUGUAUUUGUAAAUGGUUUAUUCUUGUCCAGCAGCAGCACAAUUAUAUUUCUAAUUUGU